CUGGGGCCAUCAGCCACCGUCGCCCAAGGCCCGCCACUGCGACCGCAACGUCAACCUCGAGCAUCCCAUCAGGAGCUCACCACCUUCAAAACUCCCGCCCCAGCGCCGCAACACACGCGCGCCCACACAGCACAAUGCGCAUCACGACGGUCCUCUCCGCGCUGUGCGCCGCCGCCGUCGUGCGCGCCGAGCCACGCACCGCGCAAAUCUACAUCCAACCCGUCCCCUCCUUCUCCUCCUCCUCCUUCUCGUCGACACACCCGCCCACGCCGCUCGCCGAGAUAUCCUACGACACCGUCGCCCUAUCCGCCUCGUCCAUCGUCUCGUACGACGCGCCCGAGAUCCCCGACGAGGCAGCGCUCGUGCGCAUCGGGCUCUACGACGCCAAGUCGCGCAGCUGGAUCUCCGGCACGACGGUCGCGUCGACCGAGAACUUCGCCAAGGGGUACAGCCCCAAUAUCGUGGUCACGGUGACCGCCGGCGGCGGCGAGGUGGUGAGCGUGUCGUGCAAGGGUGUGGCCAUCGACGCCGGCCAGACGAGGGACUUUGGCCCCCAGGUCGUGGUGAUUCCGCAGGCCCGUGGCGCGCAGCCGACGUUGAACAAGCCUGUCGUCCUGUCGCGCGAGGGCAAGACGGUCGAGCCGGAGCAGGAGAAGACGUUUUUGCAAAAGUACUGGUGGAUGAUUGGUAUCGCGGUGUUUAUUGCGAUGAGUGGAGGUGGGGCUGAGAAAUAGACCAUAUAUUAGCAAUGAAGGAUAUUGCAAGGGCGAGUGUGCAUGUCUUUAUGAUCUAGCUGUGCGAAGCUCCCGCAGCGCCUAAGUGACCUAUUUCACGACAAUGGUCAUCUCUGAUAUUGUAUGCAAUCACCAAACCCCCUUCCUCCCU